GCAGAGGACUGAGCCGGGUAGCGAGACGGCGGCGCCUCCAAUGCCUCAGUGCCCGACGAGAUGGCGAGCGUGAAAGGUGUCGUCCACGUGCUCUCCUUCACGCCCGGCAUGAGUGCGUCCUUGAGAGAGCGGCUGCCCGGCGUCGCGGUCAAGGAGGUGCUGCGAGAGGGCACAGCCGAGAACCACACCGGGAUGCCUUGGCUGGAGCGCGACCUGUUUGAGGAUGAGCUCGAGACCCUUGGGCAGGCGGAGGUCCUCCUCACAGACGCCAGGACACUGCUGCAUGUGAUGGACCUCGCGCCCAAACUCCGCUACGUCCAGAUUCGCUCGACCGGCGCGGACGCUCUCAUCUCUCAGCUGAAGGGGCGCCGCCCCCCCUUCGUCGUGAGCCGCAACACGGGCGCCGGCGUGGCCCUGCUCAUGGCCGAGUACGUGGUGGGCGCCGCCAUCUGCCGGGAGCGCGGCUUCCUCGAGGCCAGAGAUAACCAGCUGAAGAAAGUGUACGACAGAGGGCCAAGAUUCGCCCUGUACCGGAGCAUCAAGGACCUCACCUUUGGCAUCUUGGGCGUGGGCAGCAUGGGCCUGGAAGUGGCUCGAGUGCUGAAAUCUUUCCAUUGCGUCGUUCAUGGUUUCAGCAGAACGCCCCAGUCGGAAAGCACGAGGUCUCCUUAUGUAGACGUUUACUGGAGCACCGGGCAGAUGGAGUCGUUCUUGGCCGAGUGUGACUACGUGAUCGGGGUCCUGCCCUCGACGCCCAUGACCAAGGGACUCUUAGGAGGAGAUGUCCUGAAAGCCGCUAAAAAGUGUCCUAUACUGCUGAACGCGGGUCGCGGUGACCUUAUUAGCGAGAAGGACUUGCUAAAAGCCCUUGACGCCGGCUGGAUCUCCGGAACAAUCCUGGACGUGUUCGAGACGGAGCCAUUGCCCGAGGAUAGCCUUCUGUGGACACAUCCCAAGGUCUUCCUAACCCCACACGUGUCAGCUUUUGGCUCCUGGAAGAAUCGCGUGGAAUCUACUCUGGACUGUUUCGUUGAGAAUUAUAGGAGACUUCAAAAUGGGGAACCUUUACUUGGUGUGGUUGACUGGGGCGCAGGGUACUAGGGUAAGGGAAGAGGGUACUGGGCACAAGACACUUGGUUGAGGGGAAAAGGGUACGAGCACUGAGGACAUUAAUCCAAGGGUGUAGUUGCAGUAAAUGCGACUUAUGAUUUCCUUUCUCUCUUUUUUCAAUUCUUUUAAAGGAUACGAGGUUUCCAUUUUUUCUAGAGGUAUGAUGCUGGUAUUUUUUCUUGCAAUAUGAGAUGAUAUAUAUAUAUAUAUAUAUAUAUAUAUAUAUAUAUAUAUACACACAUAUAUGUAUGUAUGUAUGUAUAUAUAAUUAUUAAUCAUGGAUAUGAGCACACAGCCAUAAUUAGUUUCUUACACAAUAUAGCGUAGUAUACUUAAUGUCUCGAUCGGAAUCACAGUGAUACAGAUAAACCACACGAGACCAAGUACCAAGGAAAUCUCCGAGUGAGUGGGUUCGGAGUCUGCUCACUGUUCGAGCUUAGGAAGAGAGUCAAAAACCCAUAGAAAGGAUUUUUGAGAAUGUUGCAAUUUAUUAGAUUAUACAUUAUAUGUAGUGUUUCGAUCGUCCUGCAAAUCGAUUGUUUUCUUGAUAAAACAUUUCAACAAAA